UCAGGGUAGGUGACCCGGGUUGCCCCCUCCCGCUCCAGCCGGGAGCAAGUAGCGAGAAGAGACUCGGCUGGAGCUGAUUUGCGGCCAGUCGCCCCGUGGAAGGCUCGAACGCAGCGCGCGCGCUCUCUGGGUUGUGUGCGUGGCUGCCGGUUCCCCGCCCUCGCAGCAAAAGGGGUGUCUCUUUUGCUGCCCCCCUCCCUCCCCCCCUCCCCCUGGAGUGCUCUUGGGAUCUGCUCCGUCCCGCCUCCUCCCUCCUGAUCGCCCGCCCGCCCGCCGUCUUUCUGGGCUGGUUCAGUGCCAAACUGGCGUCUAGGGUACCACCAUGCCCUGAGGUUGGCUGUCAGUUGCGCCCCCACCAGCCACCCUUCCUCCUUCCCACCCCCCUUACCUGCCCCCUCCUGGCCCCUCCAGGCAGCAAUGGAUUAUGAUAUACCUUCAGAUGCUUUGGCAGGACGUUUGGCACAGAGCGAUGCCCGCCACAGCUGGCACCAUUAACUCUUUGCUGGCUGCUAGCAACAAUAUCUGAGGCGAUACAGCUACCCCUCUGGCAACCAGCCUGGCAGAAACCUCUGGGGUCUCUGUCCAACUCCCAUGGAUGGCGAGGCGUGCUGUGGUCCGAUCAUCCCUGUUGUCCCCUCCCAGCUACUAUGAAGCAGUACAUGAUGGGCGUGGGCCUACUAGCCCCGAGUACCCUUUCCUUGGUGGCUGGUACCACUAUAUGGGCCAGGAGCCUCUCUCAUACAAACGGCGGGGUGGUGUGGUGGAUCACCGUGAUAUCAUCAUGGCACAUCAGGCCCACAAGAUCCACAACACACCCCAGGCACAACGCAAGGAGUGGGAGAUGGCUCGGUUUGGAGACGAGGUGCCAGCCCGCUAUGGGGCCGGAGGUGCCGGGGGAGCUGGCUCUGGAGCAGCAGGCGGCGGAGGUGGCCGGGGUGCCGGGGGCGUCCGGCAAGGUGGCCCGCCGGGGGCCCAGAGGAUAUACAAACAGUCGAUGGCCCAGCGCGCCCGCACCAUGGCACUCUACAACCCCAUCCCCGUCCGGCAGAGCUGCCUGACGGUCAACCGCUCCCUCUUCCUCUUCAGUGAGGACAACGUGGUGAGGAAAUACGCCAAAAAGAUCACCGAAUGGCCUCCUUUUGAAUACAUGAUUUUAGCAACCAUCAUAGCAAACUGCAUUGUCCUUGCUCUGGAGCAGCAUCUGCCUGAUGAAGACAAGACGCCAAUGUCAGAACGACUGGAUGACACAGAACCAUACUUCAUUGGAAUAUUUUGUUUUGAGGCUGGAAUUAAAAUUAUUGCCUUAGGAUUUGCUUUCCACAAAGGCUCCUACCUAAGGAAUGGCUGGAACGUGAUGGACUUUGUGGUGGUUCUCACAGGCAUCUUGGCAACAGUUGGCACAGAAUUUGACCUGCGGACACUGCGGGCGGUUCGUGUGCUCCGGCCACUAAAGUUAGUGUCGGGAAUCCCAAGUUUACAAGUCGUCCUCAAGUCCAUCAUGAAGGCCAUGAUACCUCUGCUACAAAUUGGCCUCCUCCUAUUUUUUGCAAUCCUUAUUUUUGCAAUCAUAGGGUUAGAAUUUUAUAUUGGGAAAUUUCACACCACCUGCAUGGACAUUCAUACAGGUGAAAUCAAGUAUGAAGUUCCAUGUGGAACGGACGAAGCAGCACGCCCCUGUCCUAAUGGGACCAAGUGUGCCGAGUAUUGGGAUGGACCCAACUACGGGAUCACACAGUUCGAUAACAUCCUGUUUGCCGUGCUGACUGUCUUCCAGUGUAUCACCAUGGAAGGGUGGACCAACCUCCUUUAUGAUAGCAACGAUGCCUCAGGGAAUGCUUGGAACUGGCUGUACUUCGUCCCCCUCAUCAUCAUUGGAUCCUUUUUUAUGCUCAACCUUGUGCUGGGGGUGCUUUCUGGGGAGUUUGCCAAAGAAAGGGAGCGGGUAGAGAACCGGCGUGCUUUUCUGAAGCUGAGAAGACAGCAGCAGAUUGAACGGGAGCUCAAUGGCUACAUGGAGUGGAUCUCCAAAGCAGAAGAAGUCAUCCUGGCAGAAGAUGACAUAGAAGGAGAGCCUCGUCACCCCUUCGAUGGAGCUCUUCGGAGGGCCACUAUCAAGAAGAGCAAGACUGACCUGCUGAACCCGGAGGAAGCAGAUGACCCGUUGGCUGACAUUUCCUCAGUGGGUUCACCCUUUGCUCGAGCCAGCAUCAAAAGUGCCAAGCUGGAAAACGCCACUUUCUUUCACAAAAAGGAGCGGAGGUUGCGUUUCUAUAUCCGCCGAAUUGUCAAAACUCAGGCCUUUUACUGGACAGUCCUCAGUCUGGUAGCUCUCAACACGUUGUGUGUUGCUGUAGUACACUACAGCCAGCCAGAUUGGCUAUCUGACUUCCUCUACUAUGCAGAAUUCAUUUUCUUAGGGCUCUUUAUGUCCGAAAUGUUUAUAAAAAUGUAUGGGCUCGGAACGCGGCCUUACUUUCACUCAUCCUUCAACUGCUUCGACUGUGCUGUUAUCAUUGGGAGCAUCUUUGAGGUGAUUUGGUCUAUGAUAAAGCCUGGCACCUCCUUUGGGAUCAGCGUCUUACGAGCUCUCAGGUUACUGCGCAUUUUCAAAGUCACAAAGUACUGGGCUUCUCUACGAAACCUAGUUGUAUCUCUGCUGAACUCCAUGAAGUCCAUCAUCAGCCUCCUCUUCCUCCUCUUCCUCUUCAUAGUCGUCUUUGCCCUUUUGGGAAUGCAACUCUUUGGGGGCCAGUUCAAUUUUGAGAAAGGGACCCCUCCAACCAACUUUGACACUUUCCCAGCAGCAAUAAUGACAGUAUUUCAGAUCUUGACUGGUGAAGACUGGAACGAAGUGAUGUAUGACGGUAUUGAAUCUCAGGGUGGUGUCAAUACAGGAAUGAUGUUCUCAGUCUAUUUCAUUGUACUGACCUUAUUUGGUAAUUACACUUUGCUCAACGUGUUCUUGGCUAUCGCUGUCGAUAAUCUGGCCAAUGCACAGGAGCUCACCAAGGAUGAACAAGAAGAAGAAGAAGCAGCCAACCAGAAACUUGCCCUCCAGAAGGCAAAAGAGGUAGCAGAAGUGAGCCCUCUGUCUGCAGCCAACAUGUCAAUAGCGGUGAAAGAGCAGCAGAAGAACCAGAAAGGCUCCAAAUCAGUGUGGGAGCAGCGGACGAGUGAAAUGCGGAAGCAGAACUUGAUGGCAAGCCGGGAAGCACUAUACAAUGAACUGGACCCUGAGGAUCGCUGGAAGGUCAACUAUGCUCGUCAAAUGCGGCCUGACAUGAAAACACACUUAGACCGGCCACUAGUGGUAGAUCCUCAGGAGAAUCGCAACAACAACACCAACAAGACACGCCCCAGCGAGCCACCAUUGGACCCACACUUUGGACAGCAGCGGCCUGAGGAAUUCCUGAGAAAACCACCUCGCUAUCAUGAACAUUCACGGGAACCCCACACUUAUGAGCACCCUGACUCAGGGAGCUUUGAGCCACAACGGCCACGGAGCAGCAGCAAGGAAAUUGACUUUAAUCAGGAAGGUAGGUACCAUGAGAUUGACUUUCCCAGCAAGGAGCACAAUGCCGUCCUUGAGCGUGGUUACCACGGUGACUGUGACUCAGAGCGCAUCAAGGCCUUGGAUCCUCACCGCAGACACAGAGGAUGCAAAGGAAGCCGGAGUGGAUCACCCCGUACAGCUGAUGGGGACCGGGAGCAUCGGCGUCAUCGGGCCCACCGUCGGACACCAGAUGAGGGAGGAGGGGAGGAGAACGGCAAAGCUGAGCGGCGGCCUCGGCACCGUGAGGGGAGCAGACCUCUACGAGGUGAUGUGGAUGGGGAGCAGCCUGAUGGGGAAAGGCGCCGGCGGCACCGGCACACUGCACAGUCCACCUAUGAUGCGGAUGGCAAGGAGCGACGACACCGGCGCAGGAAAGAGAACCAAGGCUCUGGCCUUCCACCUGGACCAAACCUAUCCACCACUCGGCCAAUCCAACAGGAUAUGGGACGCUUGGAACUCCCAGUGGCUGAGGAUAUUGACAACAUGAAGAACAAUAAGCUGGCAACCAAUGAGACCUCAGACCCACAUCCCAUCAGCCAUCCACAGAAUCCAACCAAAGGAGGCAGCCACUCAAACUCUACACCAAGCCGCACCCCCCAAAACCCACCUGUUCCCUUGGACCAACCACUCCCCAACUCUCAGAACUCUACCAAUCGCCUGACCCCCAAUAAUCCUGGCAAUCCAUCCAGCCCUGGACCCCCUAAGAACCCUGAGAAUAGCCUCAUUGUCACCAACCCCACUACUCAGAACAAUCCACCCAAAACUGCCAGGAAACCAGAGCACACCGUGGUGGAGAUGCCACCCACCUUUUCACCACCAAUCAACAAUGCUAUCAUGCAAGUCAAUAAGAAUGCCAAUCCUGAGCCUCUGCCCAAGAAAGAAGAAGAAAAAAAGGAGGAAGAUGAUGAUGAUGGAGGGGAGAAUGGUCCCAAGCCCAUGCCACCAUACAGCUCUAUGUUCAUCCUCUCCACCACUAACCCAUUUCGGCGACUCUGCCAUUACAUUGUCAAUAUGCGCUACUUUGAGAUGUGCAUCCUGUUGGUGAUUGCCAUGAGCAGCAUUGCACUGGCAGCUGAAGACCCUGUGCAGCCUGGUGCUGCCCGUAACAAUGUUCUCCGAUACUUUGACUAUGUCUUCACAGGUGUCUUCACCUUUGAAAUGGUUGUUAAGAUGAUUGACUUAGGACUGGUCCUUCAUCAAGGCUCCUAUUUCCGGGACCUAUGGAACAUCUUGGAUUUCAUUGUGGUCAGUGGAGCAUUGGUGGCGUUUGCUUUCACGAGCAGCUCAUCACGAGGCAGCAAAGGCAAAGACAUCAACACCAUCAAAUCCUUGCGUGUCCUUCGUGUCCUCAGACCCCUCAAAACAAUCAAGCGGUUGCCUAAGCUCAAGGCCGUCUUUGACUGUGUGGUGAACUCGCUCAAAAAUGUCCUCAACAUCCUCAUUGUGUAUAUGCUCUUCAUGUUCAUCUUCGCUGUAGUAGCUGUCCAGCUCUUCAAGGGCAAGUUCUUCUUCUGCACUGAUGAGUCCAAGGAGUUUGAAAAGGACUGCAGGGGAGAGUACUUAGUCUAUGAGAAGGACAAUGAAGUGAGGGCUGAGAAACGAGAAUGGAAGAAAUAUGAUUUCCAUUAUGACAACGUGUUGUGGGCGCUCCUUACUCUUUUCACUGUUUCUACAGGAGAAGGCUGGCCACAAGUCCUCAAGCACUCGGUGGAUGCUACAUAUGAGAAUCAGGGCCCCAGCCCUGGUUAUCGCAUGGAGAUGUCCAUCUUCUAUGUGGUCUACUUUGUGGUCUUUCCAUUUUUCUUUGUCAACAUUUUUGUGGCCUUAAUCAUCAUCACCUUCCAGGAGCAGGGGGACAAGAUGAUGGAGGAGUACAGCCUGGAGAAAAAUGAGCGCGCCUGCAUUGACUUUGCCAUCAGCGCCAAGCCACUCACCCGGCACAUGCCCCAGAACAAGCAGAGCUUUCAGUACCGUAUGUGGCAGUUUGUGGUUUCGCCGCCCUUUGAGUACACCAUUAUGGCCAUGAUUGCCCUCAACACCAUCGUCUUAAUGAUGAAAUUCUACAGUGCCACAGAUGUGUAUGAAAAUCUACUCAAGACGUUCAACAUGGUCUUCACUGCCCUGUUCUCCUUGGAGUGCAUUCUGAAAAUCAUUGCCUUUGGAGUGUUGAAUUAUUUCCGUGAUGCCUGGAAUAUCUUUGAUUUUGUCACAGUUCUGGGUAGCAUCACAGACAUCUUAGUGACAGAGUUUGGGAACAACUUCAUCAAUCUGAGUUUCCUUAGGCUGUUCCGAGCUGCCCGCCUCAUUAAGCUGCUCCGACAGGGCUACACCAUCCGCAUCCUGCUCUGGACCUUUGUCCAGUCCUUUAAGGCCCUUCCAUAUGUGUGCCUGCUGAUUGCAAUGCUCUUCUUCAUCUAUGCCAUCAUUGGCAUGCAGGUCUUUGGUAAUAUUAGCAUUGACAACGAUGAAGAAGAUUCUGCAAUCACUGAGCACAACAACUUCCGCACAUUCUUCCAAGCCCUGAUGCUUCUCUUUAGGAGUGCCACAGGUGAGGCUUGGCAGGAGAUCAUGCUGUCCUGCCUGAGUGGAAAGCCCUGUGAUGAGAAAGCAGACCUCAAAGGCCCUCAGUGUGGCAAUGAAUUUGCAUACUUCUAUUUUGUUUCCUUCAUCUUCCUGUGUUCUUUCCUGAUGUUGAACCUUUUUGUGGCUGUCAUCAUGGACAACUUUGAGUACCUGACACGUGACUCCUCCAUUUUGGGGCCCCACCACCUGGACGAGUAUGUACGUGUGUGGGCUGAGUAUGACCCUGCUGCCUGUGGCCGAAUUCAUUAUAAGGAUAUGUACAGUUUAUUACGUGUAAUAUCUCCCCCCCUGGGCUUAGGCAAGAAAUGCCCUCAUAGGGUUGCUUGCAAGAGACUACUUCGUAUGGACCUGCCUGUGGCAGACGACAAUACAGUCCAUUUCAAUUCCACCCUCAUGGCAUUGAUCCGGACUGCGCUUGAUAUCAAGAUUGCCAAAGGGGGUGCUGACAAACAGCAGAUGGAUAAUGAGCUGAGGAAAGAGAUGAUGGCAAUCUGGCCCAACCUCUCCCAGAAAACUCUGGAUCUCCUAGUCACCCCUCAUAAAUCUACUGACCUGACAGUGGGCAAAAUCUAUGCAGCCAUGAUGAUCAUGGAAUAUUACCGCCAAAGCAAGGCCAAGAAAUUGCAGGCCAUAAGAGAGGAGCAGAAUCGGACACCACUUAUGUUCCAGCGCAUGGAGCCACCAUCCCCAACCCAGGAGGGAGGUCAAGGACAGAACGCAGUCCCCUUAUCAUCCCACCUGGACCAAGGAGGAGGAAUGAGCAUGCCGGAAGGGGGAAUGAAGGAAAGUGAGUCAUGGGUCACACAGAGAGCACAGGAGAUGUUCCAGAAGACAGGAACCUGGAGCCCAGAGCGUGGGCGCCCAGAGGACAUACCCAAUAGCCGGACCAAUUCCCAGUCUGUAGAGAUGCGGGAGAUGGCAAAGGAUGGCUACUCGGACAGCGACCAAUACCUGCCCAUGGAAGGUCAUGGACGUGCUGCCUCUAUGCCACGACUGCCUGCUGAAAACCAGAGGAGGAAGGCGCGACCGCGAGGGAAUAAUCUCAGUACAAUCACAGAUGCAAGUCCUAUGAAACGCUCUGCCUCUAUGUUGGGCCACUCACGCUCCAAAGGCAUGCGCUUGGAAGACUACUCCCUGGAAAGGGUAAUUCCAGAGGAGAAUCAACGGCAUCACCGGAGGCGAGAGCGGAGCCACCGGACGUCAGAGCGCUCACUCAGCCGAUACACAGAUGUGGACACAGGGCUGGGCACGGACCUCAGUAUGACCACACAGUCAGGUGACCUACCUCCCAAAGAAAGAGACCAAGAGCGAGGCAGGCCAAAGGACCGGAAGCAUCACCACCACCACCACCAUCACCACCAUCACCACACAUCUUCUGACAAGGAGCGGUACUCACAAGAGAGGCACGAAUAUAACCGGCCUCGUUCCAGAGACCGACGUUGGUCCCGCUCACCCAGUGAGGGCAGAGACCACAUGCCUCACAGGCAGGGCAGUAGUUCCGUAAGUGGGAGUCCAGUCCUCUCAACGUCUGGCACCAGCACCCCGAGGCGAGGACGCCGCCAGCUCCCACAAACCCCUUCUACGCCCCGGCCACAUAUCUCCUACUCCCCCGUGGUCCGUAAGGCCGUCCCGGCAGCAGGCCCCCAGCAACAGCAGUCCGUGCACUCCAGCCGACUCUCCAGCCCAGCGCCGCGACGCUACCCCUCGCUGCCCGCCGAGCACCACGUCUCCGAGCGCCGCAGCAGGUCGCCAGCCAUGGAGCGGCACACUGUCCCCCCGCGGAACGACUCGCCUCGGGCCUACCGCCACGCCAGCAGCCGGUGGUCGGCGCCCCACGGCUCUGAGUCCCACGCGGGGCCUCGUCAUGGGGGCAGUGGCUACUACCGGAGUCCAGACUACGCCGCCGGCCCCGCCGCGGGUGAGGAUGCCUUCCCCUAUGAGGCCAUGCAGCAGCAGCAGCACGGGAGCAGCUCAGGACGUUCGCCCAGAACUUCCCGGGUGGGCAGCGGCUCGUCCUCUCUCUCUCCAUCCAGGCAUGGUGGGCGGCGGCUGCCCAAUGGAUACUAUCACUCGCAUGGACCUGCCAAGUCGCGCGGGACAGGAGCACGCAAAGGACUGCACGAACCUUAUAGUGAAACGGAUGAGGACGACUGCUGCUAACCUAGAAGAGGUGCCACAUGACGACGACACAUAUAGGCGCGCGCGUGCAUUGCCCGCCCGCGCGCAGCUACACGACACGACUCAACACACACACCCAAGAGGGAGGCAAUUCCAUCCCAGUUGGGGGGAGGAGGGGGGUGCUCUGGGCAGGAGGGAGAGAGAGAGUGGGGGGAGAACCGCGAACUGCCCACUGAUUGGGGAAGGAGUCCCGGAGGAGGAGAAGCCUGCAGUUGUGGGGAUGGGAAAGCAACUUUAUAUCUUAUUUGGGGGGUGGGGGGACAACCAGGGGUCUUGGGUUGGGUGGGGCGACUAGGGAAGCGAGGGUCUGGGAGAUCAGAGCAUGUUUAUCUUUUACAGAUCAAGUUGUGUGUGGUGAUUUGAGGGUGGGAGGGGGGACGUUACUCAGAAUUUACAAAAGAAAAUGCACUCAGGUGUGGGGAAAUGGUGCAGUCCAAGAGCCCCAUGCUACAGCUAACUACUAUGCCUCUGAGGAACGAGAUCAGAUGCCACUUUACCUAGGGUCAGGGUGGACGGGGGUGGGAGCAACAGAAAAGAGUCCGUCAACCUCAGCAAAGACGUUUUUGGAAAAGUUUAAGAAACAAAAAUCUUUUAAAAAAUACGUAAAAUGAAGCAAAAAGACAAAAAAAAAUAUUUUCUGGGCUUCUAUUGAUGAGUUUUAUCAUCUCAAUUUACCUGGUUAACUUUAAAAAAACAACAAAAAGUUUUAAAAAAAGUUUGUGGCCUGCCAUUUUAAGAGGGACACACGCACGCAAACACCCCCCCCCAACACACACACACACAUACACACAAACAAAGGAGUGCUUGCUGGUUAUACCAAACCUAAUAUUACUGCCUGCAGAGAUAAAAAAAAAAAAAGAAAUAAAACUAAACAGAAAAAAACAAAAAAGGACAAAAAUAAUUGAUAAAAAAUGAAGCAUUUUCUUCUGACAUUUUGGUCCUGCUUGAAAAGAAAAAGAAAUGACAUCAACAAAUUAAUAAUUCCUCAGCUUCUUUAUUUCUUUUUUCCUACUUUGUUUGAAAAAAAAAGUUGAAAAAACCUGUGGGAUUGGGACUGUGAAAUAUUGCAUGAAACAAAGUAAAAAGACAAAUGAUGAGAAAAAUUAAAAAAUCCUUAAAAAAAACAAAAAUAUUAAAAAAAUGAAUUUUUGAUUGAAA